CAAUUGGCGGAAAAAUCCACGUAUCUUGAAGUUGCUUAUCUUCUUAUUUAUGGGGAACUUCCAUCGAAACAACAAUACAAUUAUUUCUCUCACGAAGUCAUGCAUCAUACUUUUGUACAUUUCAACGUAGCUGAAUUAAUGCGCAAAUUCAAUUAUGACGCUCACCCCAUGGGAAUGUUUAUCAGUGGUAUUUCUGCAAUGAGUACUUUUCAUCCGGAUGCUAAUCCGGCCUUAGCUAUGAAAGAAUUAGGAACAAACAAAUAUAUAGACUCCUGGGUAAAACACCAACAUUGGCUGCAAUCGCAUAUCGUCAUCGCAUUGGUCGGUACAAGUUACAAUGUUCCUCAAAAUAAACUUAGUUAUACUGAAAAUUUUUUAUAUAUGCUUGAUCAAUUGUCCGAAAAAAACUAUAAACCAAACCCAAAAUUAGCCAGAGCUCUUGAUGUUUUAUUCAUUCUUCACGCUGCUGCGAUGCGUCACAUUGGUUCGUCACUUGUUGAUCCUUAUAGUGCCAUAUCUGGUGCUGCGGCUGCCUUAUAUGGUCCGCUUCAUGGUGGUGCUAAUGAAGCUGUAUUGAGAAUGUUAGAACAAAUUGGCUCACUAGAUAAAAUACCGACUUUCUUACAAGAAGUUAAGGAAAGAAAAAGAAAAUUAUUUGGUUUUGGUCAUAGAAUUUAUAAGAAUUAUGAUCCAAGAGCAAAAAUUAUUAGAAAAAUUGCUUAUGAGGUAUUUGAUGUUUGUGGUCGUGAACCCCUUAUAGAUGUUGCAAUUGGACUGGAAAAAGCUGCGUUAGAAGAUGACUAUUUUAUAAAACGGAAACUUUAUCCCAAUGUCGAUUUUUACUCUGGAUUAAUUUAUAAAGCCAUGGGUUUUCCUACUGACAUGUUUCCUGUGUUAUUUGCAAUCCCACGAAUUGCAGGAUGGUUAGCCCAUUGGAAAGAAUCAUUAGAAGAUAAAGAAUCUAAAAUUUGGAGGCCGAGACAAGUUUAUGUUGGACCCAGCGUUAGAUCUUAUGUUCCUUUGGAUCUUCGAGAAACUGAUAAUAAUAUUAUUGUAGCUAAAGUACAGCAUCCAUUUAGUAAGAGGUCUUCUGUGGCUACAUUUGAUGACGACGGCAAUAUUCAAUCAAAAUUAUAA